UUCGGCCAUCCCACUACUCCAUGGGAGCGGAAUAUCAGCACCGGCCCAGCCGGAUUCAAUCGAAUGCCAUGGCUGGCCGUCUUGUCAUUUACGGAGGACGAACUUAUUCUAGACAGUGCCUCUUGUGAGAAAGCACAUCUCAGCCAAGUACUCCCGUCAAGGUACGGCGUAGUAACGAUGACCGCCAAGGAACUUUUCGACGCACCGUCGGUUGCAUCACCGCUGAAUCAACAGAACUCGGUUCGAAACUACGAAGAUAACGACCCCGUUGACGUUUUGUUGCUCAAGCCGAGCGUCUUCCAGCAACUCUUCUCUGGUGUAGACGAGAAAGGAGAUUCAAAGUGGACCGGGACCGCAGACAUCGCUCGUUUUGCGAUGAUGGCACACGUACGCGAGACUCAUGGCGGCUUCAUGGCUAGUACCGAUGCCAGCAUUCCACAGCCGCAGUUUUCAGUUGUAGGAUUGGGAGGGAACGUUCAGCCAUUGAGAAUUCCGGAUAAGCAGCUUGAGACUCUAAGAGGUGAUGCGGCAAAACCAAACGAAAUGUGGCUCUUCGAAAUGCUUCAUGCAGGCUAUAGUCUAAAACCCCAUACUCUUAAGACCGGGGAAUCUUCUACUGCUUUAUUCCGAGGACCAUUCUUUCCUCCGCUUGCCAAUGGGCCUAAUACCGGCACGAUUCUCCAGGUACCAAGGUGGGGCUUCUUGUUGCGCAGUACUGCUGUAACAGCAUUUUCUGAUAUGAGAGUCGAUGCCAAACGGAGCAAUGGCAUCAAGGAGGUGCUG